CCAGAAACCCAAACUUUUUUUACCAUAGACAUAGCUCACUAUGGGCUACCAGAUGCGCGAAACCCCGGCUGAAAAGCGUUCUUUCACCUAGGAAUGUUCCCUUCUAAAUCAUCUUUAUCUUUUAUGAGAAAUAGUAAAUAAUCAAUUAUCUAUCUAUUUUUAUAUGACAACAUCUUUUACAAAAUAAUAACAAAAUCUAAAAGGAGGACAAGACACAUAACUCUUAAUCAACAUGGUUGAUUUUAUUCUUUAUAUUUAUUCACUUUUUUAAAUAAAAAAUGAUUAUUAAUAAUCAACAAAAUAAUUCUUCAAUAAAAAACGAUAAAUUAAUUGUUAAUUAUCUAUCCCAAUCAAUAAAAGAAAAUGACUUGACAAGAUGGAAAAUUAGCUUGUGAAAAGUUAAAUGGUUUACAAAUCGGUCAUAAAACAAUUCGUAUAGCACAAGUACGACCACAAUCAAAUGAAACACGUAAUACCAAAUUAUAUAUAAAAGGUUUUCCAAAUUUAUUCAGAGAAAAAGACUUUUAUGAUUUAUUUUCACCUUUUGGAGAAAUUGUUCAAUUAAGAUUUUUAAAAGAUAAAUUAAUUGCUUUUAUUAUAAUGUCAACUAGAAGUCAAGCUCAAACUGCUAAAGAUCAUCUUAUAUACGGUUCAAAUAAUGUUCUUCGAGAUUUGACAUUUGAUGAAGUAAUGGAACAACUUGAUCAAGGUUGUUUGUAUAAUUGA